AAACAGCGAGCAACAAGUCAGAAGAAGCAUGUAACGAUCAAAUUCCAGAUUUUUUCACCUGCUGCUUCUGACCCGACGGAGACACCGAGAGGGCGAACCUUUCACCAAAGCCCUCUCCUUCUCCGAUCGGGAAUCCCCAAUUCUAAAACCCUAAGAAUCUCCACUUUCUUUUUUUGUAAUUUCCUAAAUUAAUUCAUUUCGCAUUUCCUUUUUCUUUUGUUUGAUCAUAUGUUUUCCUCUCCACCUUUUCGUAAUCUUUGAUGCGGCGAUCGCAUGCCCGCAAUCGGGUCGAGAAUAAACCUAAUUCUCCCGAUAUGGAUCCCGUCAAGCCCCAAAUCCGACCCCUCAACCGAUCCGGCAAUCUCAUCUCUCGGAACUCCAAGCAGAUUAAAUCACCACUUUUGGUAACCGCUGCCUCCCUCGCUGCCUUGCUGGUAUUUCUACUUUGUUGCUAUCUAUUCUUUUCUGCAAGACCUUAUUAUAACCCGGGAGGUUCUAGAAGGUACGGCAUUGUUAUAGACGGAGGCAGCACGGGAACUCGAAUAUAUGUGUUUAGCUACCGGGUUGGCGGGGGUAGCCCGGUAUUUGAUUUUGGGCAGAAGUUUUUGGAGACGAGCAUGAAGGUGAAUCCGGGUCUGUCGGCGUAUGCGGAGGAUCAGGAUAAUGCGGGCGGGUCUUUGGUGGAGCUAGUGGAGUUUGCAAAGGGGAAAGUGCCUAAGGAACUCUGGAGAGAGACAGAGAUUCGGUUAAUGGCUACAGCGGGGUUGAGGCUGCUGGAGUUGUCGGCUCAAGAGCGGAUUCUGGACGCCUGCAGAAGGGUCCUCAGGUCUUCUGGGUUCAAAUUCCGCGAUGAAUGGGCUUCCGUUAUUUCAGGGUCGGAUGAGGGGAUAUAUGCAUGGGUUGUUGCAAACUAUGCACUGGGUACCCUUGGAGGAGACCCUCUCAAAACAACUGGGAUUAUAGAACUUGGUGGGGCUUCCGCUCAGGUAACUUUUGUUUCAACUGAACCCAUGCCUCCUGAAUUUUCACAUACCGUCGAGUUUGGAAAUGUUACUUACAAUCUUUAUAGCCACAGUUUUCUACAUUUUGGACAGAAUGUUGCAUAUCAAUCUUUGAGGCAAUUACUUAUUUCAGGUGAUCUGAAUUCAGCUGCUGAGUCUCUUCACAAAGGAAUUUAUAUAGAUCCUUGUACCCCGAAAGGUUACUUACCAGGUAGUGGGUCAUGGAAGUUCUCGCCUGGAUCUUCGGAUGAAAAGAACAAGUAUAUAUCUAAUCUUCAAGCUGGGGGUAAUUUCUCAGAGUGUAGAUCUGCUGCAUUAAUGAUGUUACAGAAAGGAAAUGAUAAAUGCUUCUUUGAACACUGCAAAGUAGGAUCAGUUUUUGUGCCUAAACUUCAGGGAAAGUUUUUGGCUACUGAAAACUUCUUCCACACUUACAAGUUCUUUGAGUUGAGACCAAGGGCCUUUCUUUCUGAUUUAAUGAUGGCUGGAGAGCAAUUUUGUGGAGAGGAGUGGUCAAAGUUGAAGAGGAAGCACCAUUCACUUGAUGAAGAAGAUCUGGUGCACUAUUGCUUUUCUUCUGCAUAUAUUUUGGCAUUACUUAGUGACAGCCUUGGAAUUGCUCUGGAUGAUGAAAGGAUUAGAGUUGCUAAUCAGGUGGGAGACAUACGACUUGAUUGGCCAUUGGGAGCUUUCAUCCUGCAGAGUACAGCUAACAUGGAUGUAAAUCAUCCCGACUGGAUUUCCACCAUUAUCAAUGACGAUUCACCAACAUUACUGAUCGUUAUGUUUACGGCAUGGUCUGCAUCAAAAUGUAGGAAGCCCCAUUUGAAGACAAUUUAUGAUCUAGAGAAAGGAAGAUAUAUAGUAACUCGUAUCAGCAGAUGAUCUUGAUAACUUUAGUCGAACAAUUGGAGGAGAUCAAACCUAGCUUCUUGGUUGUUGAUAUCAGGGAAGCUUCUUAGUUGAUGCUUUCAUUAGUUUGCCACCAAAAGUUACCUGCUUAAGGUUGUCAAGAUGAUGGGAUGCCUCAGAUUGUAUGAUAAUGUGAUUUAUGUGGGAAAAAGUGGUAGAAGAUUGGCGUAAACUUCGGAUUUGUCAUUCCGCAUCGCUCAGUACAGAACCCCCUGACGAUGAGGAAUAAGUGAGGCUGGAUAGUCAUAAGGAGUAUAUGACUCCUGCCAGAGUUUGGACGCUGUAUUAUAUCCUUUACAUGAAAAAUAUACUAUGCUUGAUUGAUGCUGCUGCGUGCAGCAGACAUAAUUGAGCUUCAGACAUCAUUUGAAUGAUUCCUGAAAAGAAAAUUCUUCUAUAUGUUCAAAGCCUGUGUAGUAUUUCCCAAAUUAGAUUAUGGCGCAGAGACGAAUUUACUGUAAUUAUUUAAGAUUUAGGACGUAGAAAGGAUAUUUUCCGGGCAGUUGCUUCAUUCAUUGCAACAGCCUGUCCUAUGUAUGAGCCCAGGUAAUGACACUGAAUAAUUUGUUCA